UCAUUACGAAUAGCAGCGCCACUGUGACAUUUGGGAAUGUAAAUAUAUAUAUAACAUAUACAAUAGUAGUCGAACGUGAAACAACGCACAAGUUUUCAUUCUGAAAGAAAAUAAAAGAUUUAAAAUUUUUACCAAGUGCAUUUUUAAUACAUAACCAAGAAGAAAAAAAUCUAUAGAAAUUAAUAUUAAUUGUGUUUGUCUGCGUAUUUACCUAAAUUAUAUUUUGUAAAAGAAAAGUUAAAAAAUGUUUCGUAAUAUAUUUUUUGUUUUGAAGUGAAUGAAAUUUAAGGAAACAUGAAAUACGACUAAGAAUUCAUAUUAUUUUUAUGUUUGUAAAAAAUAUUUUCCAGUUCAUUGAAUUAUUUCAAAGAGCUUAGCCCGUAUUGAACAUUUAUUCGAAAUGUCGUUUGAUGAACAAAAACAAAGAGGACGCGGUUGGCAUGGUUCAUUCUAUGAUAAAGAACGCCCGGGCACUUCAUCUGGAAAGAGACUGCGUGAGGAAAGCAACGGUCGAGACUCUAAACGACAUGCACCAGAAAAUAAACGUUUUCCAAAUCGUCGAAGUGCGUUGCAAAUGAUAGUUCACACAAAACCCCAUAACGGAGCUACGAGCCAUGAUCCAAGUGCAAUUAGAGGUGAACGUGUAGUAUUAGAGGCAAAUUAUUUUGCACUUCAAUCGCGAAUGAAUAAUUUCGAAUGGAAGAUUUAUAAAUAUCACGUUUCAUUUGAACCGGAAUGCGAUUUGAAACGUUUACAAUAUUUUUUGAUGGCACAACAUAGAACUGAAAUUGGUGGAUAUCUUUUUGAUGGUAGUCAACUAUUUUCAAUACGGAAAUUACACGGAGAAAACAACAUGGUCGUGUUUACGUCAACAACACGUGAUGAUAAAGUUUAUUCCAUUAAAUUUGUAUUUACUCGGAUCGUAUCAAUGACCGAUCAAGAGUCUCUCCAAGUCUUGAAUUUGAUUCAACGCCGUAAUAUGAGUGGAUUAAGACUGCAAGUGGUCGGGCGAAAUUAUUAUGAUCCACAAAACAUGAUUGAUUUAAACCGUUUUAAUAUACAAUUAUGGCCUGGAUACGAAACAUCGAUUCGUUAUCACGACACGGGCAUUUUACUUAAUUGUGACAUUGCACAUAAAGUAAUGAGAACAGAUACUGUAUAUGAUUUAAUGAGAGACAUACAGAAAAAUAAUCCGCAAAACUUUGAAAAUGCAUUCAAAAGUAAAGUACUUGGAAUGACGGUUCUCACUGGCUAUAAUGAUAAAACAUAUCAAAUCCAUGAUAUUGAUUUUAGCAAGACUCCUUCAACUACGUUUUCAAGAAAGAACAAGGAUAUAUCAAUCAAAGAAUAUUAUGCUGAGAGGUAUCAAAUUGGAAUAAGAGAUGCUUCACAACCGCUAUUGAUAUCUCAACCGAGAGCAAAAGAUUUACGUGGCGGUGAAAAGAAACCAGCAUGGCUUGUACCAGAGCUCUGUAGAAUUACCGGUUUGGACGAGAGACAACGGAAUGAUAUGAAUUUAAAGAUGGCACUUAAACCGUAUUCACAAAUGCAACCCCAUGUUAGACGUCAACGUCUUUUAGAUUUUAAUCAUCGCAUUCAAAGCAGCGAUGAAAAUGUUCGAAUCAAAGAAGAAUGGGGUCUUGAGGUACAGCGUGAGCUCGUAAAAAUCAAUGCUUACUGCAUUGGUCGUGAAACAAUAGAAUUUGCAGGGGGGCAAAAACUACCUGUUGAACGAGCGAGUUGGGAAAGAGAUUGUGGCAGAGAGCGCUAUAAAAUUUACAAAUCAAAAGAACUAAGAAGAUGGUUGGUAGUUUGCCCAAUGUCUAUGGAGCGCGAAAUGAGGCAAUUUGUACAAAAGUUACAACAAUUUGCUGAUAAAAUGGACUUCCAUGUCACUGAACCACGGUGGAAAUUGUUUGACUCAGAUAUACAAAUGAUUCACGAAAUCGACGGAUUGGCAAGCUUAAAUCCAAACAUGAUAUUAUUCGGCACUACUACAAAUAGUCGAAAAAAUUCUGAUUUAUACUCAUCAAUAAAGAAGAAAUGCUAUGCUGAUUACGCUAUUCCAUCUCAGGUUAUAACAAGACAUAUUCUGAAUAGUCAAAAAAAUAAAUAUGAUUCGGUUGUCACUAAAGUUGCUGUUCAAAUUUGCACAAAAUUGGGCGGGGCGCCAUGGUUCGCUCGCUGCCCGUUAAAAAAUACUAUGACAAUUGGCUUUGAUAUAGCUAAAGACUCAAGUAACCGAAAUGUUACUUAUGGUUGUUUGGUGGCCACAAUGGAUCUCAGAGAAGAUGUGAAUUUCUUCAGUGUGGUCAGUAAAAUCGAGGGAAUGGACUGCAGUCGAGACUUGGUGAUAAAUGUCAUCAAAGCAUUAAAUGCUUAUGAAGAAAAACAUAAUAGAUUACCUACUACUAUAUUUUUCUAUCGUGGUGGUGUCAGUGACGGAGAAUUGCAGUAUGUUCGUGAUGUUGAAUUAGAUCACCUAACAACCACUCUUAAAGAAAGAUAUAAAAGGCAUGAGAUGGAAUUUAAAAUGGCAUACAUCAUUGUAACCAAGAAAAUGAAUACACGAUUUUUCCAAAGAUUUGGUAAUGAUGUUAGAAACCCAGAUCCGGGAACGGUUAUCGACAAUACCGUUACUCUCAAGGAAAGAUAUGAAUUUUUCCUGGUUUCGCAAGUAUGUAAUCAAGGAACUGUAUCACCAACUAAUUAUAAUAUUAUUUAUGACUCGACAAACCAACCGCCAGAAAGGGUUCAAGCAUGGACUUACAUUCAAGCACAUUUGUAUUAUAAUUGGUACGGUACUACUCGAAUUCCAGCUGUUCUUCAAUAUGCAAAUAAACUGGGCUUUCUGGUAUCCAACUAUAUACAUCGAGUACCUAAUUACUUACUUUGUGACAAACUAUUCUUUUUAUAAAUGGAAUUUUAUGUUGAUUUAAUUCAUUUAUGUUAGAGGAAAGAAACAGCAACUGUCUCGCUGUUUACAAUUUUUAUUUUCAUUAUGUUUACAUUAGGUACAUGUUUUUAAUGUCAAAACAUAUUGUAAAAUAUGUGUUUGAUGUAGCAUGCUCGAUUGAUAUUUGCAAAUAUUUUUCAACCCGUUUAUGUUCAUUAAACUGACUGGUGAGUUUUUUCUAUUACAUGUUCACUAAACGUAGAAGUAUAUCAUUGUUCAAAUGAAUUUAAAAAUACUUCCACUAGUGCCGACAUUAUCUCCCAGGAAGCACAGCUGUUCUUAUCAUGUUCUUAUAGAAUAACGUAUUCUUAUCCAGUUCUUAUAUAUAUUAAUAUAUUCUUGCUAUUCUUACAAUGUUAAAAUGCAAAUAUUAUUUAAGAACUAAGACGCUAUUCUUUGCAAGUUCUUAACAUAUUCUUGUUCUAGUUUAGCGCGCACUAAGAAAUAAGAAAAAAUAGAUUUUGAAAUUUUAAUAUUUUUCAACGAAAUUAAAAUCAAUCUAUACUAAAAUCAAUUGAACUAACCUUAAAAUAUUAUAAUUUGCAAAUUUAAGCAGCAAUGUAUCGAUAUUUACAAACAUGAUAAUUUUCUAAUUUUCUAAUUUUUCUGAUAUUUUCCAAUUUUCCGAAGGCAUGAUUUUUUAAGAGCUAUCACAUCUACAUUUGACGGUAAAAUGGUUUUCGUUUCAAAAUUUGGCCUGGAAAUAUGUUCGAAUUCAUGAUUUUAAUCUCAUAUUUAUUCCUUGCCAUGUUUCUUGAUUGUAUUGUAACUUAUCACACGUCAAAUUUGCAAAAAAAAAUAUUACUUUUCCGCACACACCUAGUAUUGGAAUCGGUCGAAAAAUUAACACCCUCAAAAAACAUGUUUUCUGGGUGUUUUAGGAG